AUGGGUCAAUUACCUGCCGAUCGCGUUGAACCAGCACGUCCGUUUUUGAAAUGUGGAAUCGACUUCGCGGGACCGUUCUUAAUUAAAUCUAGUAUACGCCGUAACGCGCCUUUACUAAAGGGUUAUGUAUGUAUGUUUGUAUGUUUUACGACUAAGGCCGUACACAUAGAAUUGGUCGGAGACCUAUCCACGCAAGCAUUUAUCAGUGCUCUAAAUCGAUUUUUUGAUAGACGCGGAAAGAGUAUAACUAUAUACUCGGAUAAUGCAACUAAUUUUGUUGGUGCAAGUCGUAAAUUAAAAGAGUGGUACGACCUAUUCCAAACAGAACAACAUAAGAAGAAGGUCGAGGAAGUGCUAUCAGAAGUUGAAGUCCAAUGGAGAUUUAUACCCCCGCGUUCUCCGCAUUUCGGCGGAUUAUGGGAAGCAGCCGUUAAAUCAAUGAAAAAUCUAGUUCAAAAAACAUUAGGCAAUGUUCAUUUGACAUUGAACCAUUAUUCCCAAAUCAUUUGGAAAAAGUGGAGUCGGGAAUAUUUAAAUCAACUCCAGGAGAGGAAAAUGUGGGCAGUCGAGAAAGGGCCUAAAUUAGACAUUGGUACUGUGGUCCUAGUUCGUGACGAAAAUCUUUCCCCCCUGUAUUGGAAAUUGGGUAGAGUGACAAGCGUGCAACGGGGUCCUGAUGAAAUCAUUCGUUCGGCUGAGGUCAAGUUGGAAAAGGGCUCAAUCACACGAGCAGUACGGAAAUUUACCCUAGGUAAUCCCCUCCCUUUUGACGGGAAUAACAAUAAAUAG